AGGGAGUCUCUCACUCUAUCUCAGGAGUCCCCCCCCCCACCUCUUUUUCUUUUUCUAGUGGCUCACUGUUCACUGCACAAUGACUCAAUGAAAAGUGGAGGGGAGAGGGAAGUGCACUGUACAGCUGCAAGAGAGAGAGAGAGAAAGCAGAGAGGAGACACAGGGGAGGAGAAGAAAAGACACCAAUUGGAGGAGCUGGAAAUCUGGGGACAAGUAGAAGAAGAGAAUCCACUUGUCCUUUUCCCCUCUCUUUAUCUGUCUGAGAUUCCUCUCUGGGAUCAAGUGGCAAUUGAACUGUGCUGAAAACAUUUUCCUGCUCUUUCUGUCCACUUUCCAAAGAGAGCUGAAGUGUUGGUUUGGUGACAGGAGGAGGUAGUUCUCAUCUUUCAGCUGAUAAACCUGGAGAGUCGUGGAGGACGGCAGGAUGCCAGAAGGAGCCAGAGAGGAUGGAGUCGGGUCAGCAGGCGGUGGGAGGCUGAGCCGGGGUCUGGCGUGGGUUGUCCUGGUGCUCCUGGUGGGUCAGGGAGCUGCUGGAGCGUGUCCCUCUGCCUGCAGCUGCCUGGGGAACACGGUGGACUGCCACGGCCGGGGGAUCCACUCUGUCCCCAAAAACAUCCCCAGAGGGACUGAGCGGCUAGAUCUGAAUGAGAACAACCUGACAAUCAUAACCAAGAUGGAUUUCUCUGGUCUUAAACACCUCAGAGUUCUUCACCUGAUGGAGAACCAGAUCAGUAACAUUGAAAGAGGAGCCUUUGAUGAGCUGAAGGAGCUGGAAAGACUUCGUCUGAAUAGAAACCGUCUCAGCCAGCUUCCAGAACUGCUCUUUCAGAAGAAUGAAGCUCUGUCUCGACUGGAUCUGAGUGAGAAUGCCAUCCAGGCCAUCCCAAGGCGAGCGUUCAGAGGAGCCACAGACCUCAAAAAUCUUCAGCUGGAUAAAAACCACAUCAGCUGCAUCGAGGAAGGAGCGUUCAGAGCUCUGCGAUCCUUGGAAGUGCUCACCCUGAACAACAACAACAUCAGCACCAUCCCAGUCUCCAGUUUUAACCACAUGCCAAAACUCCGCACCUUUCGUCUCCACUCUAACGCCCUGCGCUGUGACUGUCACCUGGCCUGGCUUUCCCCAUGGCUCCGUCAGCGGUCUGCUCUGGGCCUCUACACUCAGUGCAGUUCUCCUCCAGCACUGCGGGGCCUGAACCUCGCAGAGCUGCGUAAGAGUAAUUUCGCCUGUCCAGGCCACAGUGGCAGUGCCUUCGUUCAGCCGUGCAGCUUGGCGUCCGGGUCCUGCCCUCCCAUGUGUUCCUGUAGCAACAACAUCGUCAACUGUCGAGGGAGGGGCCUAACCGCCAUACCUGCCCACCUGCCAGAGGCCAUGACAGAGAUUCGUCUGGAGCAGAACGGCAUCAAGUCGGUUCCUCCUGGUGCUUUCAGCUCUUACAAGAAACUUCGGCGAAUAGACCUGAGCAACAAUCAGAUAUCUGAGAUCGCUCCUGAUGCGUUCAAUGGCCUCAGAGCUCUGAACUCACUGGUUUUGUAUGGUAAUAAAAUCACCGAGCUACCCAGUGGAGUUUUUGAUGGCCUGGUUUCUCUUGAGCUGCUAUUGCUGAAUGCAAAUAAAAUCCACUGUGUCCGAGCUACAGCAUUCAAAGACCUGGAAAACUUGGCCCUUCUAUCUUUAUACGACAACAAGAUCCAGAGUCUGGCUAAGGGAACCUUCAGCUCCCUGCACAGCAUCCAGACCCUCCACCUGGCCCAAAACCCGUUUGUUUGUGACUGUCAUGUGAAGUGGCUGGCUGACUUCUUGAGUUCGAACCCGAUAGAGACCAGCGGAGCUCGCUGUGCCAGCCCUCGCCGCCUUGCCAACAAACGCAUUGCUCAGAUCAAGAGCAACAAGUUCAGAUGCUCCGCCAAGGAACAGUACCACAUCCCAGGUGCUGAAGACCGACGCCUGAGCCACGAGUGUAACAGUAAGCCUGUGUGUCCUGCUAAAUGUCGCUGUGAGGCCAAUGUGGUCGACUGCUCCAAUCUACGCCUCACCAAGUUCCCAGAGCACCUGCCGCCGAACACUGAAGAGCUGUGAGACACAAACAUGUGCAAAAACACACAGA